AUGUUCCGCGCCUUGAACAUGACGUCGCAACGCUGGGCUUUCGCCGCUCCGCUUCUCCCGGGCCGUGCUCUUUUCCCUUCCACGCUCUCCCGCCACAGCCCGCUCGCGCCUGUGUACCGUGUGGCGCCUCGGGCCAUCAGCCUCGUCGCCACCGCCCCGGGCCCCCGCUCUGGCGCCAAGCCCGCGCGCGUCCCCGCCAUCGUGCGUCCGAUGGUGCCGUCGCGCGAUCUGCUCCAGUUUGUCGAGGACAAGGCCCAGCCACGAUCCGUCGUGCUCAAGAGCCUCAGCAAGUACGUCAAGGACCACGAGCUGCAGGAUCCCAAUGACAGGCGCAUCGUGCUCUGCGAUGACAAGUUAAAAAAGUUAUUGGGCGUGGAAAAGUGCACCAUUUUGGAGAUGAGCAAGUACAUCACCCCGCAUCUGUCCAAGCCGGAGACUGUCGGUGGAAAGUAUCUCGAGGACGCAGGAAAGUUCGAAGAAGAGUACUUGCGAGUUAAGGCCGCGGAGGCCGCCGAGCGCUUGGAAAAUGGCGAGCCGCUGAAGCCUGUCAAGGGCCGAAAAAAGCGCAGGGUUUCGAAGACGAACACUGAGGACAAGACGAAGGGACGCAGAUUGUUCAAACCUGUUCUGCUAAGCCCUGAUUUGGCUGCCGUAUGUCGGAAACAGGAAAUGCCCCGUCAUGAAAUUGUCAAGGCCGUUUGGGAGUAUAUUCGUUUGAAUAAUCUGCAAAGCAAGCCGGGAGAGCCGAUCAAGUGCGACUUUUUGUUGCGCAAGGUCUUUGACUCGGAUGAGAUUGAUGUUCGUGCGAUCAUGAAGGGAGUCGCUGCACACGUUAAGAAGAUUGACACUUGAUACGCUCGCGACAGACAUGGCCUGAUGCACUCCGCCACAAUGGUGUGCGAAGCGUUGAGAUUAUUGUUGCUGGUAUUUUAGGCUGGUGGCCUCGUGAGUGGGAGAACGUCGUUUUUACUUAGCAAAGUAGAGGCGUCAUUGUUCUGGUUGUCGGAUGGGACUGAGAUCGUUGCGGUACAAAGGGCUUUUCGUGUAUGUUAUCACUUCUCGCUAGUGGGUCGGGUUGCGGGUGAUGUGCAGUGAUCAGGUUAUUGUUCUCACACUUGGAAGCACAUUAUCGGUCCUUCGUACUCAGGGUCUAAUGCUAGUAUUUGACGCGGAAACGUGGGAAGGUCUGCUUUGCCUUUGGGUCAUCGUAAUGACGAGGCUAAUAGUUUUCGAGUCUUGGGGCAUGUGACGAGAAAGCAAACGAUGACCAUCAAUGCAAGUGUUUGAACAAGUGCUUUGUGGGCAACGGCGUUUCUAUUGGAUGUCAUCAGCGUGCGACACCAUUUUGUCGAAGCACGUACGGUAGUAUUCUUGUACUGUACAGGCGCUACGGCUACAAACUCCACAGUUUUGUAGCUUAUUCAACUCUGUACUAAAGUUAAUUCUCGUUCUCGCCA